ACUGAUAACUCUGCUUCUCAUGUGUACGCACGCACGCGACUAACGUAACGUAACAUCAGGAGCGGUCAACAUGGACUAUGAUUCGUACACUUUUGACUUCUCGGACAACAGUACGGACAACCUGUCUCUUGAGUCUGAGGUUUUCAGCUCGGACUACCAAGAACCAUGCGAGAGAGCCAUCAGCAAUGACUUCAACAAGAUCUUCCUCCCCACUGUCUAUGGGAUUAUCUCCUUUUUGGGGAUCAUUGGAAAUGGACUUGUGGUGAUUGUGAUGGGCUACCAGAAGAAAGUCAAAACCAUGACGGACAAAUACAGACUGCAUCUCUCCGUGGCUGACCUUCUUUUUGUCCUCACGUUACCCUUUUGGGCCGUGGACGCUGCAAGGACUUGGUAUUUUGGAAGUUUCCUUUGCGUUUCAGUCCACAUGAUCUACACUGUCAACCUAUACAGCAGCGUUCUUAUCUUGGCCUUCAUCAGCCUGGAUAGGUACCUCGCUGUGGUUCAUGCGACCAACAGUCAAGCCACAAGAAAGCUUCUAGCCAGUCGGGUGAUCUAUGUUGGUGUGUGGCUCCCUGCCGCUGUCCUCACCAUCCCUGAUCUUGUUUUCGCUCGGGUACGGGACACUUCCAACCUGCUUGUGAACCAGGACGAGAGCUUGGAGUCAGAGGAUGUUCGGAUCAUCUGCCAGCGAAUCUACCCACAAGACUCAAGCCUCAUUUGGACUGUGGUGUUCCGAUUUCAGCACAUUUUGGUUGGUUUUGUGCUACCCGGACUGGUCAUUCUCAUCUGCUAUUGUAUUAUCAUUGCAAAGUUGUCUCAAGGCUCCAAAGGACAAGUUCUGAAAAGAAAAGCAUUGAAGACUACAGUGAUUCUUAUCCUGUGUUUUUUCUGUUGUUGGUUGCCGUACUGUUUGGGCAUCUUCCUGGACACCCUUGUGAUGCUCAAUGUUAUCAAAGCAUCCUGUGAACUAGAACAAGCUGUAGAAAAGUGGAUUUCUGUCACAGAGGCGUUAGCAUAUUUCCACUGCUGUUUGAACCCUAUUCUGUAUGCUUUUCUGGGAGUUAAGUUCAAGAAGUCGGCAAGGAGUGCACUCAAUGUUAGCAGUAGGUCUAGUCAGAAAUCUCUCAUGAACAAAAAGCGUGGACCAAUUUCAUCCAUUUCAACAGAAUCUGAAUCUUCAAGUGUGUUAUCAAGUUAAUGACUCUUAACAUUCUUAGAAAAAACUCAAGCUUUAAUUUCUACUACAUUUUGUACACAUGUAAAAAAAAAAAGAAGAAGAGUUUUAUACAUUGUGACUUAUUUGCUGUGUUUUGCAUUUUGUAAGGUUUUGCAUUUCAAGUUUGUCUUCCCAAAACAGUUAUACGAUGUUUAAUUCCUACUUCCCAUUAUUAUUAUUAUUGUUUUUUAUCUUUAUUAUCCUUACAUGGUCAGGCACCAACUUGCUUGUCUGUUACUGUUCAGGGAGAGCUGCUUUUUGUAAAACUGUACAUAGAUUUGUAGCAUUUGUUUGAGCGCACUUGAGUUGUGUGAUUUUGUGAUAAAGCUAUUAUUUAUUGCUGUCGUCCACACUGGAAUUUCUGUAAGAUACUGUAAAUGCAUGCUGCUUUUUUGUACUAUUGAGAUUGUGUUUUUUUAUGCAAGAAUAAAACAGCCAUUGAACCUUACAA